AUGGACCCAGAAGAUGAGAAAGCCGCAAAACGCGCUGAGCGGCUCAGGCAGCUGCAGAUGGAGGACCUUGGGUCUGCCAGACGCGAGUACAUUUCCACCGCAGACAUCAAAAGAAGAAACAACGUUUCGUUGCAAUUCUUAGAGGCCGGUCGCAUGUCCAAUGUGCAGGGCUCCGACGCAUAUCGGAAAGCCGAAGCCAACAAGGAACAGCUCUCAGCAUGGGCCAACGUCCACAAAGGCAUAGGUGACACCGAAGAUUUGGAAAACUUGGACAGCCUUCUCGACGGGCAGAGCCAUCGGUUCCAGUUGAAUGCUGCCAUUCGCGGAAGCAAUGUUCCAUCAUACACACAAGGAGCUGAUCGAAGCAACUUUGCUUCGAAGGCGGUGCCAAAACCUUCGAUGCACGCAGGAAAUCAUACUAGUGUGGGGACAUCGAAGCGCUACUCGCUGCGCAGUGCUAGUGUGUCUGCUAUAAGCAAGAAUAGCGAGGCAUCCUCGAGACAACCCACUCUAUCUCGAAAGCCGUCUGUGAAUCUUUUGCGGGGAGCUAGCAAUGAGAACCAGAAGCACAAUGUGAACAAAGGAGGUACGUUGUCUUAUGAAGUUGUGAAGGGUAUCAAAGCUGAGUACAUUCUCUCCACGAUUUCAGCAUUCAAAAAACCACCUCCUGUUUCCCUGAGGACCAGAAGACCAGCGCCCGAAUUUGCUGUGGAAAUGAGUUCACCGGCAGCUUUCCUAGCUGCGCGCGACGCAGCCAAGCGCAGUCUCGAGAACCCCAAGCCUUCACAGAGUCUAUUUGUUGCUGAUGAAAUUGUUUCUAAUAAUGGCAGUGGCGACAACUCUCCCUUAAGCACAAAACAGCCUCCGCAGAAGAAGCUGCGCACUUCAUCGGGCUUGAGUGAAUCAACUCACCAGCCUGCCGAUGACAAGAAGUCUCGUCAAGACCUUUCAUCUGAGCUGUUCGAAAAAUAUGUCCUUCCGGGCAUGACUACUCAAUCGAAUCAAAAAGCCCAUGAGGCCCCCCAUGACAGCAAGGCCCCUACUUCUCAGAAGCCCAGUACUUCCCUGAGUGAUUCAAUCCAUAAGACCAAUGACGCCACAAUGCAUCCUAGGCAACCAUCAGGGAUGGUCCUUAAGCAUCCCACGACGGAGCUGGCUACUUCCCUGACUCGCUCGACUCACAGUCCUAAAGAUGACAGUGCUGCCGAUUCCCAUGCCCCUUCCAACCUCCCGGCAAACCAUCCUCAGAAUAGGUCAGCAACUUCCUCGGUUCGCUCGAGUGGUAUUUUCAAGGAUGAGAAGACCGCUAACCCCAAAGGAUCACAUGAAUCGGCUGCAAGAUCUCUCGUGACGGUCCGACUGCCUUCUUCGAACUAUUCGGUUCAUGGGCGUCAAGAUGACAAAGCUCAUUCAACACCGAUUUCCGAGCGUGUCAUAAACCCAGAGCCGCAGAUAACACCAAGACCUUCAAAGCCUGUACAAACUUCUGUGCCAAAGAUAAAGUUCGAAAUGUCUUCUGAAGGCUCUACAAAACCACUGAAAGAGAUAUCCAACGCUAAGAGCGCCCAAGACAAGCAUGGAAUACUUCUGGAUGUUAACGCCACGCCUACAAAGAGCUCCGCACAGAAUGGCAAUGAGAAUGAUCCCUUAAUGAGUCCUUCUUUUCAAGACCUGGAAGGUCUAGAUUUUGCGCAGCAGGUUCAGACCCCAAAACAGGAACCAACUCAGCCGACCCCGGCAAGACGGAUUGACUUCCAUGCAGUUUCAGCGAUGGCCAAGGGGAACGAGUCAUCCAGAAGUGAGGAUAUGGAGAUGCUCUGUAAGCUUCUAAAAUCAACAAGCAUUUCUGAUAAACAAAAAGAAAAUUUGCAGGAAUGCAAAGAUGAGCUUCAAAGCAAGCUCUUGAACGAUCCGCAAACACCGACACCUCCACGCUUUGGGACCCAGGGUUCUCAGGUACCCAAUCAAUCUACGGACAGCACCCCGACUGGAAAUAGACCUUCGGCAUUAAGUCCCCCAAGUCGCCUGAGUGUCAAGGCCGCAGCGUUUGUUCCACAAUCUUUCAAAGAUCAUCGUUCGCCAACGCGCACUAUUUCAAGCGGUUCAUCGCAGUUUGCGGUACCUGUUGAGAAGGAACAGCCGACAAUACAACCUGCGGUCAAGCCUAGCCUUAUUGGCAACUGGAAUAUGCUUCCUGGUAGCCAAGGUAGACGUGAACGUAUGGAGGUAACAGCAAGGAUGAAGGAUGAUGACCCUUCACCAAGACAACUACCCCUAUUAAGUAUAGAUAUAGUGAAAUCCGAAGUUCAAUCGCGCAAGCGAUCUCAUCGGGCAUUGACAGAUGCAUCUGAAGGUUCCAGUAGAUCCCCGAUCUGGCCGUCUGCCAGCAAAACGGAGACCCCCUUCCCUCCUGUGACCGACAGCAUUUUCUUCCGUCGACGAGCCCCAUCAAAGCCUGUUCGAAUGACAGACCCUAAUUAA